AUGAGCGGUCACACACUGGCGUUACCAGAGUCGGCGCUCGAGGGCCUCUCAGACAAGUCGAAGUCGUGCAUCCUGAAUCUGGAAAAGUACUGCGUGGAGGCGGAUCAUCCUGACCUGUCACACUACCCCCAAACCAAACUCGCGGGCGUACUCGUCCUUCUGUAUGAGCAAGACGGGGAACUGCGCGUCUUGUUGACUACGCGCUCGAAGCAGCUCCGGACGCAUGCGGGCCAGACGGCGCUCCCCGGCGGGAAGAAGGACGUGGGGGACGUGGAUUUGAUCGCGACUGCCUACCGCGAAGCCCACGAAGAAGUCUCCCUCCCCCUCCCGCCCCAUGCCGCCAUCCACACCCUCGGCACCCUCGCGCCCGUCAUCUCCCUGCACCGGCUCCUCGUCACGCCCGUCGUCGCGCUUCUCACCCAACCAUCUCUACUUACGUCGCUCAAGGCACACGAGGGCGAGGUGUCGCACAUAUUCAGCCACCCGCUCGAGGCGCUGUUAGACCCGGAGCUGGUAAGGAAAGAGAAACUAGUAGAGUGGGGGAGCGAGGACUGGCCGUAUGCGCAGAGUGAACUGCAUAAUACGAGCGACAACGUCAUUGAGAUGCUUGGAGGGACGACGUAUCGCAUGCACCGCUUCCGCUCGUCUGCGUCGCCGGUGAAAGGGUUGACAUCUGACAUCUUGAUCAAGACGGCGGACAUCGCGUAUGGGCGACCUCCGAAUUAUGAACGCUACGCGCCGGGGCAGCUUAUGUUGAUCAAGGACGUUGUGCAUGCUCUGCAGAACCACGAGAGUUCGACUGUUCGUUCGCAAUGA